AUGUGGAAGAGGCCCACUCUCUCAACUUUCCUUUCAGAUGACGAAUUGGAAUGCAUUCAGCCUGAGAACUGCUGCCAGGCGGACACAAAGAGUCUAAUUCCCUUCCAAGGCCCACUCCCCAAGCCUUCCCUCCAGGCUCAGCCCAGUUCCCUGGUGCCCCUGGGUCAUCCAGUCACUCUGAGGUGCCUGGGGCCUCCAGAUGCGGAUUUAUAUCGUCUGGAGAAAGUGAAACCCGGGAAGUUGAUCUUCAUAGAUCAAGACUUUCUCUUCAUUCCAAUCAUGGAAAUAAAUAAUGCUGGACACUACCGCUGCUCAUAUCAGAAUGAGAGUAACUGGUCCCUCCCAAGUGACCAGCUUGAGCUAAUUGCUACAGGUGUUUACUCUAAGCCCUCACUUUCAGCUCAUCCCAGCUCAGCAAUCCCUCCAGGCAGGGAUGUGACUCUGAAGUGCCAAAGCCAAUAUAGUUUUGAUGAAUUUGUUUUAUACAAAGAGGGGGAUACUAGGCCUUAUAAGAGACCUGAGAAAUGGUACCAGGCCAAUUUCCCCGUCAUCACAGUGACUGCUGCUCACAGUGGGACUUACCGGUGUUACAGCUUUUCCAGCUCAUCUCCGUACCUGUGGUCAGCACCGAGUGACCCUCUAGUAGUUGUGGUUACUGGACCCUCUGCCACUCCCAGCCAGGUACCCAAAGAGGUACCAUCUCCUGUGACAGAAGCCUCCAGGAGACCUUCCAUCUUACCCACAAACAAAAUAUCUACAACUGAAAAGCCUAUGAAUAUCACUGUCUCUCCAGAGGGGCCAAGCCCUCCAUUUGGUUUUGCUCAUCAGCACUAUGCCAAGGGGAAUCUGGUCCGGAUAUGCCUUGGUGUCAUGAUUAUAAUGUUCUUGGUGGGGUUUCUGGCAGAGGAUUGGCACAGUCGGAAGAAACGCCUACAACACAGGAUCAGAGCUGUGCAAAGGCCACUGCCACCUCUUCCACUGGCCUAGAAAUAACAUGGCUUUCAGCAUAGGGAUUGACCAGAUGCUCAUAACCAUGGACAUCACCAUUAGAGCCACAGGCAUAGGCAGUUUAUAUAAAAAAUGAGUGUGGAGAAUAAAUAUGAGGCAGAGCCAACAAGGUAGGAUGGAGGGUCAUGAGCUUUAUUGAUCAAUCAAGCAGUUGAGCCAAUUUCUACUUUGCCCAAAGAACUCCACAUGGGAUGGAAAAGUCUAGGGGAAGUUUCUUCUGAUAUCUUGUACAUUAGAUAUCUUAAUAGAUCUGUGUAAUGGCCUUUCUUCAACCUUCUCUUACAUGGAUUCAAUAACAUUUUACAAAAUGCCUGUUUUUCCACAGCUGACCUGCUCCAUAUUUGUGCCAAUCACUUGUUCUCUAAUAGUCUGUAUACUCUGAUAGUCCAUAGCUUUAGCCUUUACCCUAACCUCAUCUUAAGCCAUAGUCAUGUCUACUUUUUAGAAGGGAAAAGUGCCAUCCAGAAAAUUGGGUAGGGUGUUAUUUUUUAUUAUUAUAUAAUUAUUCAUAUGAUCAGCCAGUCUUUUUCUUUUGUUUACAGUAGAUAUAUUUUGAAACUCAAAAUGGAUGCCUAAAACUAUAGAAAGUACCAAAUCCUGUAGCCAUUGUGAUUUUCUUACAUAUAUUCUUGCAUUUGAGUCCAUUAAAACAAGAAGUAUCUGACUAGAAUAUCUGUGACAGUUGAUCCAAACAAGAUGGCUAUUAUAUCUUCACACAUAGGCAGGCAAUGUAUACAUAUCCACAAUGGUGAUUUAUUUUCGGAAAUGUAAUAGUGUGGGAUUGUGUAAAACUUUUAUUUCUACAUAUUUUCCACUUAAUAUUUUCAACCUAAGGUUGAAUACAUGUGAGGGAAACCAUAUGAAACAAAACCACACAGGAGGGGACACUCUUGAAAACCAUAUCUGUGACUUCCCUGUAUUAGAAAGAGUCUUAACUUUAUCUGAAAGGCCAGCAUAGUAAAAUUCAGAAAGGUUGGUAAUAAUUAUUUCUGGAAGAUGAGGAUUGUGAAGGGAAUGAUGGAAGUACUAUUAACGAGUUCAGGACAAUAUAUUUUUUAGUGUGAUGAAGAUGUUUUUGA